CUCUUUUUUUUUUGUUUAUUGUAUUGUUCUUCUUCCUUCCAAAAAAUGGAUUCUACGCUGUCGCUUGAGGUGAUGAUUCAGAAGCUGGACGUGCUGAUGAGCCAAGAGACUGUGAGCGUGGCUGCAGUGAACAAGCUGCUCGAGAGCUACGACGCGUCGCGCGGCGACUGGCAGCGGUACGGCCAGACGUUCGACGCCGUCCGCUACACGCGCACCCGCGUCUGGGGCAACAAGAACUACAACCUGCUCGUUCUCGCCUGGGAUCAAGGCCAGGGCAGCGCCAUCCACGACCACGAAAACUCGGUCUGCUUUAUGAAGAUUCUCGACGGCGCCCUGACCGAGACGCGAUUCUCCUGGGCAAAGUCAACGGGCAACGAGGAUGAUCAGGAAAUCCGGGUGGUUGGCUCUCGCACUCUGCAGCGCAACGGCGUUGCAUUCAUCACCGACCAGAUUGGCCUGCAUGCCAUGAACAACAAGUCCAACUCGGACAAGUGCGUCUCGCUCCACUUGUACUCGCCUCCCUUCGAAGAAUGCGGUGUCUUUGGCGCUGACGGCCAGGCCCUCCCAAGGAGCAAACUCACGUUUUGCAAGGAUCAUGCCGUCAAGAGCCUGGUCCCCUCUUCCACCGAGAUUGCUGAAUCAGUCAAACGUGGCUGCGUUUUCGACCAGGCGGAGUUCGAAGCGCUUGCCGCUGCCCAAGCAGUGCCCCCACAAUAACGCCGAUGUGCUGCGGUUUUAUCCUGAAGCGCGCACACCCAUCACACACACCCGUCACACACUUCAUCAUCAUCACACGUACACACAUGUAUAAACACAUCCAACACUCACACGCACACACACGCGCAAACUCACACUCACACACUCUCACCCUGGUUUGUUCGAGCAGUUUGCUUGCACCAGCUCCAAUGCUGUACCUGUAGCGCUCGUUUGCUUUUGCUCGUGCUCUCUUUGCUGUUAACUGUCUUGCUUUAUCCGAUUCAACUCUCAGUUUUGUUUUUUCUAGUUUUCCCGCCACUGCAAUAAAUGUUUUCAAACCUCAUA